AUGCAGACCCUGUUCCUGACUGUCAUGCUUAGCCUGACCACCAUCCUGCAGGCCCAGGACCUCCUGCCCUUUGCCUGGGAGGAGCAGAAUAUCACAGGUACUUGGUACGUGAAGGCCAUGGUGACUGACAAGGACCUGAUCUGGAAAAACAGCCCCAAGAAAGUGUCUCCUCUGAUAGUGACUGCUCUGAAAGGAGGAGACCUGGAGGCCUCAUUCACCCUCCUAAAGAAUGGCCAGUGCCAUGAGAAAAGAAUUGUGAUGGAGAGAAUGGGGGAGCCUGGCAAAUAUAGCUCCCAUGCCGGCAAGAAGCACAUGUACUUCCAGGAGCUGCCAGGGAAGGACCACUGCAUUGUUUACUGCAAAGCCAAGCGUGAUGGGAAAUCCUUCCACAUGGGAAAGCUCUUGGGCAAGAACCUUGACUUGAACUUGGAAGCCCUGGAAGAAUUUAGGAAAUUCAUUGUGCAAAAAGGGUUCCCACAAGAGAACAUCUUCAUUCCGGCCCAGAUGGCACCACCACUAGUGGUAAAGCCUGAUGCAGGGGCAGAAUCACUAGUGCUGCCUCCAGAACAAGUUCCAGUAUUACUGGUUGAGGUAAAGCCAGAAUCUGAACCACCUCUGGAGCUAGGUCUAGCAGUGGGUAUUCCAUCACCAGCUUCAAGGGUGUUACCUGCUGUUGAGCCAGAUCUACAUCUAGUACCACCCCAAGAAGUAGCUCCAGUACCACUAGUUGAGAUGGAAUUGGCUUCUAUACCAAUCCCAGAGCCAGAGCUAUCAUCAUCUUCCGCACCACCAUUAAUGGUUGAGCCUGAUGUAGGGCCAGAUUCACAUCAAAUGCUGCCUCUAGAACCAGCUCCAGUACCAGUAGUUGAUGUGGAGCUGGAUCCUGAACCAACACUGGAGCUGGAUCUAGCAGCAGCUAUUCCAUCACAAGCUCCAGUGUCCGUAGCAGAUGAGAAGCCUACUGUGGGGCCAGAUUCACACCCGCGAUCCCUCCAGAAACAGCUCCAGUACCAUGGCUGA